AUGUUUCCACAAGUAUUCAAUGUCAUUGAUUAUAAUGUCUGGGUGGCUAUGUUAGCUCUUAUAAUCAAUUCGGUAUCAACUCUUUCUUAUUGUUUCGCUGACCAAAUGAUCAUUAUGGGCAGCAUGGCCCUAGGGGACUACUUAGAAGCUUUCAAGCAGCGCAUGACUACAUAUAGAGGAAAGAUAGUUACACCAGAACAGUGGAAAACCUUAAGGGUGGAUUACACGAGACUGUGCAGCUUGUCUGGAACGCUCGAUGAUUGUUUGUGUCAUAUGCUCUGCGUGUCUUUGCUGAUCCACUUGUACAUAAUAUGUGUGGAAAUGCACCAAGGAGUAAUAAAUACAGAGGAAACCCCUAAUCUGAGCCACGACGUUCACGCCAUAUUGUCGUUUUUAGUGUCCACAUUGAGAGCAUGCGCGUUGUGCUUAAGUUCAGUGAGAAUAUAUGAAAACAGCAAGGGUCCAUUGGCCACUCUCUAUGAUAUACCACAAUUGUCAUAUUGUAAAGAAGUAGAGUUAUUUAUAUUACAAAUACAAACGGAUAACAUCGGACUAACAGGAAGUCACAUGUUUUUAAUGUCGAGAAAAUUCUUACUUACAGUGAGUGUAUUUUAA